UGACGAGGCGGAACUGGAGGGAGAGGGCGUGCAUGUGGGCGUGUAGGGGGAGGGGUCCCUGAUGCGCGCAGGUGGAGGCAGAGGCGGUCUGGAGGGUGGUACCAAGGGGGCCCGCCCCCUCUUCUCCCGCGCUGAUGACUCCCGCGGCGCCCCUUCCCGCCUUCGCUCCUCGUGUUCUCUGUCUCCCUCCUCCCCGACGCCAUUUUCCGCACGCCGUGAUGUCUUUCUUCCCCUCUUGCCAUCUUGUGUCAUUUUUGGUCUGGUAGAUGUCUCUGGGAGGCUGCUAUUCAUGCUCAUCAUUUGGUGCUGUAGCACCAUCAGAAUAAGCCUCCAUGCUAUCAGUGCCUCCUUUGCGGUGCGGUCCCCUCGUCAUUGUCUCGCCACAGGCUGUAGCUGAUGGCUUGCCACUGAUCUACAGAGGUGUCGUCUGCAAGCUUAUGACCUUUGCAGUCCAGCCACUUGUUGUUGCUUGGCAGAUCUUACAGAAGUACACAGAACUGGACCCUGUAGCAGAGACUUGGCUUUUCGUCUUGGAGCCUGAAAUGCACCAUUUUGCUUUGUCUUUACUUCUAAAGCCUUAGUCUUGAGACUUGUUCAGCGAGGUUGUUACUUAUCUGUAGUGGAAGACUGCUCAAUAUCAGCUAUCGUACUUCAGCUGAGUCCGGUAAACGAAGGAAUUGCACAGACUGAUAGUGUAUUAGUGUGGGAAGUAAAAGUAUGCUAUGUGUUAAUUUGCUUGAAUAUCUUAGAGUCUAAAAUAUCUCCUUCUUGAUGAAGCAUCACUAUGUUGGCAAAGCAGGAUGAAAUCUGCUGUUCAGCAGUCAGGAAUUUUAUGCAUGUACUCAUCUGUUGUGGACAUUGGUGAAAGAUGGAUUCCUUCAUGUUCAGUAAAAUUACUUUUUUACCCAUAAAAUCAGAAACUCAUUUUAAUUUCAACUGAAAUAACUGUGCCACGCCAGACGUUUCCUGGAAAACAGCAUGUGCAAACGCAUUUUCAUGUAAAUGUACUUACUGAGCUGAUUUGCUUAUCCCUUCUCCAAAAUACAUGGGUGCAGGUAUCCAUGACAGAAAGUUAAACAGUUUUUAUUUUAAGCUGAUGAUAGAAGGAAUAUCAGUAUUGCAACUGAGGUGAAGUUUUGGGUCUGCUAUUCAAAUGGAAGAUCCUUCUGUGUGUUUCAUCUCUUUCCUCUUCCUUUUGCCUUUCCUUCUGUUCAGUAUGAAAAUGUAUUCCUAAUUAGCAUAAAUUAUUUAAAGACAAACAACACUGGAUUUUCUAGAAAGAGCAAAGUCAAAAAUGCUUUAGUGAAAUCAGCACUUUCUUGCCUGUUUGUUUUUAAUAGCUGAAAGCAGCAGAAAAGGUGCUGAUGCUGCCAGAAUUGUGUACUCUCUAGGUGUAUUGGCAUUUCUUUAAUGUGGUUUUGUGCCUGUGCCUUAAGCUGCAUGGUGAACAAAUCAUUCUUCCUUUGAACAGUAUAGUUGCUUUACCUCUGAAAAUUUCUGAGGUAAACAACUAGUCCCAUAUAUUUAUCCAGUAGAUAAAUUCCAGUGCAUGUUGUUACUGCUGAUAAUGCGGACUACUUUCUCUAUUUCUGUCAGCAGUAAGGAAUAUACCAAUUAUGUUAUUCAAGGAAUAUCUGGAAUGGUGUAUUAUGUCUUGCAGUGCUGUGUUUAGUAAUUUUUCUGUGUUCUCAAAUAUACCAACUAAUACUCUUACAGCAAAGAACAGGAUACAAAUGAUUUCAUGACAGGUUCUGAUACACCUUUUUUGAAAUAUAGUAUUUUAUUCUGGUUAUGCAGAGGCAAAUCAGUUCUCUUGUUCUUAGCUAAUGUGAUGGUGCUGAUUAUCCCCUUUGUCCACCUCUCUUUCUGCUCUGGAGAUCUAUGGUUCUUGGUUUUCAGAGAUCCCGUGUAAGGCAAGAUGGCUUUGUACUUCUCAGGCACUCAUCUUAGGAAGGCACAGGAGGAGAAUAGUCCAUGCAAGAUGUAUGUGUUUCUGCAGUUUUUGACUUUCUGUUGAAAACUUGUGCAUAUCUCUGCAUGUUUGUUUUACUCUGCUGCAUCUGUAUUUUUUUCUUUACAAAAAAACCCCCACAUGGUUCUUUCGCAUGCCUUUGCUUUUUAGUGUUGACCUUACCUCAUCUCUGUGUGGCCCUGUGGUGUCCACUGGAGCUGUGCUGCAUGUGUCUGUUACCUCCUUGGCUGAGGUUUCCUUAGGCAAGAAACUCAAGUCUGGGGUGUCAGACCUUUGCAGCUGUGCAUACUUUUUUUGGAUUGUUUUGUGGGGUGUUUGUGUGAUCGCGUGUGUGUAUACAAAGACAACAUUCUCAGGAAGCUGCAAUUUACUCUUAGAACUCUCUGUAUUCUCCAUCCCCAAAUACAAAUUCACAGACUUUUCAAAUGAACACAUAGAUUUGAAACUCUUUUGAGUCUGGCAGUAUUGUGCACUUCGUGCCGAGAAAAGAAGAGAAAAUAGAUUAUAUCUUGAAUGCAAGAGGCAAUCUUGCAGGGUAUGCAUGUGCACGCUUAGGUAUAUGUGAGCUGUUGAAGUACUUAAAUGCUGGAAAUACAGUAAAAUCAGCAUUUCUGGUACCUGCUAACUCCUGUCAUCACAUUCUUCCCCUGUGUUUACAGUGCAUGUCCACAUGUAAAUCCUUUGAGAGUUGCUACCAUUUAAUAACUUUUAAUUGAAACCUGUGCAUUGCAUCUGUAGGGAAGAAGUUGGUUUGCUUAAGAGCAUUGCCUUGAGAGACUGUACAAUAUGUUAGUAAUAGAUGUACCCAUUUUAUAUUUAACUAGUGUCUCGUGAUGCAUCUGUAUUUGCUGUCUGUCUGAUCUUCUGUGCUCAUUUUUGCUGGCUUUUGUCUGCAGGAAUGCAGAAAGAAAAAAAGUUAAUCUCAGUUUACAAGGGAGCAAUCUACUAGAAGCUGUGACUGAGUUUCCCGGUGGAGUUUUAGGAUUCGUUGAUCUAGGUGCCAUUAUGCUUAUUAGGACCAGGUUUUACCACAUAAUAAAAUGAGUAUGGCCUAUUAGAAUAUAGAGAAUUGCAAUUGCCCUUUGCCCCUGCUUAUCUUUUAAGGUGUGCUGUUUCAUAGGAAUAACAUAAUUCUCAAUAGCAACCAGUAGUACCCCUGGUUCUGCUCAUUCAUUAAAGCAGGUUAUUUAUUUUCAGAAAGGUUAUUUAUUUUCUGUUAGAAGCAAAGCAAGCAUCUGAGGAUCAAAGCAGAGAACACUUAAUACAAUUUAGCAUUGAAAUCAAUGCUGUGUCUGCUAAUAUUUUUAUUUAUUUUUAUUUUUAGAUAAUCCUUAAAAUAAUUUGGUUCAAUCUGACUUAUUUAUUUACAAGCUUGGAGCAAAGAAGUUAAAAUAGUGUUAUCAGAUGAAGUAACUUGAAACUGUCUAAUUCUAGGAAGCAAAGUGCAAAUUACUUCUCAAACAGAAAAACUAAGUUGAUUUUCUCUCUAAAUUAGGUAAUAAGGAAUCUGUCCUCUCUCUGUAAACCAGUGUUGUCUAAUUAACUUUUUGGGUGGAAUAUAUGAUAAAAGAAAGGCUGUUUUGUUCUGUUUAUUGCAGAUUUUCAUUCUAUUGUUAGAUGUAUUCAAGACAUUCCCGUCAAGACCAUGUGAAGCUUUAUGUACAAGCUAAUAGUGUGUGAUGGCCUUUCUUUGUCUUUCAGAUGGAAAUACUUAGAUAGUAUACCUCCCUUGCUGGGUGUAUGCCCAUCAGCUGAGAGCUAUUGCAUUAUUGCUAAGAAAAUUUUUUUGUGUAUAUAAAAUGGCUGUAGUGGAGGAUGUAAUAUAAUGUGUCAUUUUUAAUUUGCAGGUUUCCACACUGUUGUGGUUCUUUGGAUUUUUUUUUUUUUCUUGGAAAUGGUAGGUCUAGGAAGCAGCUGCCGAGGGAUGAAGUCUUCGCCGCUCCUCAUGGCUGCACUUGUGGCGUGCAUCAUUGUUUUGGGUUUCAAUUACUGGAUUGCGAGUUCUCGCAGCAUGGAUCUGCAGGGUCGAGUCAUGGAUCUGGAAGGCAAAGUCCGGAAGGCGGCAGCGGAGAGGGGUGCUGUGGAGCUCAAAAAGAAUGAAUUCCAAGGGGAGCUAGAGAAGCAGCGACAGCAGAUUUACAAAAUCCAGUCCUUGCACAGCUUUCAGAUGGAAAAUGCCGACAGAGCCCGUCAGGAAGAGAAGGCAAUACUGCUGAGAAACAUUACAGUAAAUGAUCGACUGAUUCAGAAUCUACGAGAACACUUGAAAGAGUUACAGACAGAAUAUGGAAAGCUGCAGUUGGAUGUUUAUUGGUUUCAGAAGAACCAGACUAACCUUCAGAGGAAGUUCUCAUAUGACCUGUCACAGUGCAUCAACCAGAUGAAAGAAUUAAAAGAACAAUGUGAAGAAAGGAUAGAUGAACUUACAAAAAAGGAUGUACCACAAAUCAAAGAAAACAAAGAAUUCUCAGAAGAUUCAAAAAAAUAUAGCCAGGUCAAUAUUCAACUGCCAGCCUUGAAGCAAACUGAGUUCAAGCACAUUGACUUGGAACAGCAGAAACCCACUGAAGAUGUACCUAAAGCAGUACCUACACUAAGACAGACAGACUUGAUGAAGGCUAAAGAAAGAAUAGAUGGCCCAGCUGACAUCAGAAAACAGGAGCCUAAGGCAGAAGAGGAGCAGCUUUUUAGUCAGUUGAAAAAACCACAAGAUCCCCUCAAGGCUGCUGCAGGUCACAAGGAGAUGCUACCUGAAUCAGAGAAGGAGCCAAAUCCAUCUGGAAAUGAAAAACACAUAGCUGGGCAAGAUGUGUUACAGCCAGCACCAGAGCAGGCUGCCAGUGAGGAAGUUGAGAGGGAACAGCUCCUAAACUACGAUGCUAAGCAGGACGACUUGUCCCUGGGAAAGGCUGAAAAACAGGAACAUGAAGCAAUGAACCAGGACAAGGAUGCUGAUUACAAUUUAGAUGAGAAUGAAGCUGAAUCAGAAACAGACAAGCAAGCAGCACUUGCAGGGAUUGAAAAUGUUCAAAACCCUGAAGAUAUGAAGAACCACUUAACUGACCACGGUGAAGGAGGACAGUUGUGAACAAAGGAGGUUCAUGAUGCAACUUAGUCACCUCUUCAUCUGUAUGCAGCAAUGAUGAGAGCAAAGUGAUCUGAGAAUGUUUUGAUUACCUUCUCGAGGCUUGAAUAACGGCCCAAAUGAAGUAGUAUCUUCCUGUGAAGUUUUGGUACUGUUUCAGUGGGGAAAAAGCAAUCUGAAAUUUCUGGAGGCUUGUUAAAGCAGUUGACGUCUGCACUGACUCUCUCCUUCCUACUGAUUAUAAAACUGAAAUCAGCAAGCAAUAAAUGUAGUAACUUUGAAGUUGGCUAUAGUCAUACUACAGUAAUGGUAUAUGUGGAUUGUUGGUACAUGAGCAACAGUCCUCUGCCAAGGAUGGAUCUCUCCCCUGAGCAAUGCACAACAGAGAAAUACCCAGCCUAGUUUUAAGAACUCAAGAGGAGCUAAGCCACUGAACAUGGGAAGGAUGAAAAACAGUCCAUGCUGCAAUCUACCCUUGUGCCUAUUCUGGCACUUUUUUACUGCAACAUAAAUAUACUCAGAAAACAGAAUGAUAUAUUUCACCUGGGCCUUCUGAAAUAAGUUUCUAGUUUACACUGUCUAGGUGAGUUCUUAGCUUCAAGGUUAAAAAAAAAAUAAUCAAAACAAUUCUGAUAAUAGUGCCUUCUUUUUAAGAGAUUAGGCAGGAAGAUUUUUCUGAAAGCUUUGUUGGACUCUUGUUCACAAGUUCAGUAAUACAGUAUGAUUCAGUUACCACUAACCUGCAUAAGUUUAGCAUAAAAAUUCAAACUCACAAACUUUUUGUGACAGAAGCCCUCUGAAAUGGUGUGCUACCCUUUAGUCCACCCGACCACUAUCUUCCGCUAAAAUGUAGGAAGGCAAACACUUGCUUUGUAGAACAGCAAUCAUCUCAGCUGUUCAAUGUGAAUAUUCCUCUCUGCUGGACUUUUGAAGGAGGUAAACCAGACUAAGCAUUUAGAAGAUAUGGCAGUGACUCCUACAGGUGAAGCGGUAGUCGUACAGUCCUGUGUUUAUCACAAUCUAUCAUCUUGUUAAUUUUCUGUAGUCUUGUCUUUUCUGUAACUUGUUCAGUGCAAACUAGAAACUAGUUUACUUGCAGUAACCUAGAAAUAUCCUCUACUUACCACUAGGGCACCCUUUAUUGCAGUCCAACCUUCAUGUCUGUAGCCAGCUGUUUUGCAGAAUUUUGUAUUUGUGUCUGUUCCCAAGACUGAUAUCUGUGUUUAGAGCAAUCUUUGUGAGUAUGAACCAACCUCUGUUUAGACAGCAGACAGCUGUGCCUAACUUGCCAACGAGCAAUUCCAUUUUAAGAAAAUAUAAAUUUGUCUUUACUUUCCCUUUAA